AUGGUCGUCGCACCUACAUCUCACCACCUGCAACCUCAACAUGAUCGACCAUCACCACCAUUCUUACCAUCCAUCGCCACCCUACCAUCUUCUCCAUCACCACCUCUUUCUUAUUCCAUGUUUGUAUCAGAAAGCAAAAAUGUUGGGUUCCUGUUUGUUUACUUUAAGGUUGGAAUGCUGGAUCCCCCAAGAGAGGAAGUCAGAGAGGUGGAAGCAAGCAUUGAGUAUAAUUGUAGGCAUGAAGGUCCAGGCAAUUAUGGACAGCUUCCUCUUGUGAAACCAUAUAUGGUUGCAGUUCAGAGCAACAAUGUAUCUGCUGUAAAUAAGGAAUUUAAUGAAGUAUAUGUGGAGGAGGAAGACUAUGAUAGGUUACUGAAUUGUGAUGUCAUGAUAUUGAUUGAUGCAUAUGGAUUGUUGGAGAUUGAGUCAUGGAUGCCAUGUCUGAAAGGACUAAGCCCUUUUUGAUUACUAAUAGGGCAUGUGAUGCUGACUGAUGGUGUUUAUUGGCUUGUAAUCUUCCCAUCUCUUAACAUUUCAAAUUAUGAAAUGAGUUUUUUGACAGUUGUUCUUGAUUCCCUUAAUCUUGUUUUGGUGCUAGGAGACACUGCCAUGAAUAGCUUGGUAUGGGUGGAGGAGGAUUUUCUCCACCACCACCACCACCAAUGGGUUGAAUGGGGAUGUCGCCUAUGCCACCAUUUGGAAUGCCACCAGUGGAUAGGCAAGAUGAGGGAGUGUUUGAUGAUACGUUUUCAGCCAGUGGUUGAUGCUUUUGAUCCAAGAUUAUUAGUGGCUCCUACUGUUUCCCAUGUCAUCAAUUUUACUACUGUCAAGGAAGAGGAUUUGUAUGAAAUUGACAUUCCACUAAAAUUCACUGCUUGUAUGGGCACAAGGAUACAUGGUUUAGCAUGUUGGUUUGAUGUUCUCUUCAAUGGAAGGUGGUUGACGACUGCCCCUGGUACACCCACAACUCACUGGUAUCAACUUCGUUGUGUUCUUUCUCAACCAAUUUAA